UCAAAAUGAAGCAUGGAAUGAAGUUGAAGUAUGGAACAGACCGCAAAAGCACACCUUGCAGAAAUUGACAGAGACACAAGCUUGGGCUGUAACUUCGACAACUAUCUUAAAAAUUAUUACUGAAAGUCCUUGAAAUGAAUCAUACAAGAGUAAUUUUUUCACAAUCAU